AAUUCAUUUUCAUAGUAAAAACAAAAGUUUUUAACGUAAAAUCAACAUUGUGCAUAGUUAAAAUAACAUGAGCCAAUGUUAGUUUAACAUUUUAUUUACAAUAAAAUCAACAUCGAAACAUGUUGAAACAACAUGUGAAAACUAAAAAUUAUUAAUGAAUUGCGAAUAAAAUGUUUUCAUGUUAAAUCAACAUUAGUCCAUUGUUAAAACAACAUUGUUUUCAUGUUAAAUCAAUGUUGGUUCAUGUUAAAAAACAUUUAAAAAUUACAGUUUCUAUACAUAGUAUAAAUAACAUGGUUUCAAGUUAAAUUAACAUUGAAUCAUGUUGAAUCGACAUCAGUUAAUUUUAAAUUGACAUUGAUUCAUGUUAAAUCAACAUUGUAUCAUGUUAAAUCAACAUUAUACCACGAUAGAAACAAUUGGAAUCAGAUUGAAACGAAGUCGUUAAAUUUUGAAAUAACAUGAGAAAGAAUUGAAAUGAAAUGAAAUCAUGUUGAAUUCUGCAAAAAGUACCGCUAUUUUAGAACAUAAAAAAUGCUUCAUUCAUCUAUUAGUAAAGCUUGUAUCGUGCGUGUUUUAUUAUAAAAGCGUGUUUUAAAAGUAAGUUAAAUACAUUUUUAAACAUAAAAAUAUAAUUAUGUCUUUGCCUAAGAAUAAUAAUAUUCAUGUGUCAAGUGUUGUGGAAGAAAUUGUAUCAAUUGAAGAAAACAUGAAUUUCUUAAGUGACGAAGAUGGUAAUAUUAUAUUAAAUAUUCCAGUUGUUCAGAAUACUAGUGAAAAUUCACAAUUAGAUGAUCUGCUGCAAACUUUUAACUUAAUUGAAGUAAAACCUUAUUUAACAAAUGCGCAAAUUACAUUUGAUAGCUUAAGGUAUUUAUCAAAGGAAGAUAUAAAGGAAGCCAUACCCCCUAUUGGUAUUCGUGCUUGUUUCCGAGAAAAACUUUUUAGUUGGAGAAAAACUGAGUACGGAAUUGAUGACGAAACAUUGUCUGAAGCGAUAGCCGAAAAAGUAGUUUCAUGGCUACAAAACCAAUCUAAUAUUGGAACAACAUCAACACCAACAUCAUCUUAUUCUCAAUCAGUUGGAAGUUGUAAGCUAUCUAAGAGUCUAAAGCAGAUUUUAGAAGAAAGUCUUAAGGGGAAAUCUUUAACAAGUUUUUAUAAACAAAACGAUAACUUGACUGAUUCAUUUCGUGCAGAAUUGAUUAAUAUAAUUUUGGAAGACAUAUUUUAUCAUGAAGCUAAGUUAUCACCGAAAGAUUUUCCAAUAAUAGUGGAUGAAAUUGUCAGCAACUUCCCCAGUGAGAUAAGAGAAUACUAUUUUAUUCCACGAGGUAGAAAAGCGAAUCCAGGAGGGAAGCUUUGGGAUAAAUACGUUAAUCAAAAGGCAAAGCGUGCACGCUCAUCAGUUAAAAUUAAAGAAAAUAUAGAUGCUUCGAAUUCCAACUCGCUGACAGUUAAUUCUGAACUCGAUGAAUCAAUUUUACUAGCUUUAAAAGCUUACCUUUCUAGAGAUUUUUCUAAUUGGGAUGAAGUUAAAGAUAAAUGGCAACGAACAUUCUUGUUAAGGCAAAAAGAGUUGAAGUUAUCUACCAAUAAUUAUGAAUUUCUAGAGAACUGGCCUCUUUAUUCUAACGCUCGGUCUAACGAACUAAUUAAUAUCGAUUUCGAACUGAUGCACCCAAAUAAGAGUCAUCUUCUUUUCAGUAAAUGGAAGGGAUUUUUGGAAAAAAUUGUAAGCUAUUACUAUUUACAUAUAAAAGACAAAAGGUCUAAGGAAGUUCUGACAAAUUCGAAGAAUACUACUGAACAAAAUUCAUUAGAUUACAUACACACUAUUCUGCUAAAUUCAGUUAUUUUACCAAACGCACGUUUUUCGGAUAAACGAGGAAAAAAUUCAAAAAAGAUUUCUAUACCAGAUGCUAACGAGAGUUUUAUUGUUCACCUUACCACUAUAAAUGAUUAUGAAAAGGUAAUAUCAGAACUAAAAGAGAAAUAUUAUAACAGAAGUUUAACUAUUCAACCUUUUAUAAUAGUUGUAGGUCAUAGUAUUUAUAAUCUUGAAAAAUUUUACGUAUAUUUUGAUAAAACACUCUUAAAAUGUGACUCUUUUUUGAAAAGUUUAGAUAUUUGCUUUAAAAUAAUUUAUACAUUGUCUUUAGAAUAUCCAAAAGGAUGCCAAGGUCCGUGGCUAUUUAUACAAGAAUACUUUUACGAAAUUAAACCUAUUAAUGAUAACAAAUUAUCAGCCAUUUACUCCUUGUUAAACUUUUUAAAAACAUAAUUAUCAAUUUCAAU